ACUGGCGAGUUGUGGGUGGUGGCUAGUCGGCGACCCAUCCGUCCGUCCGUCCGUCCGUACGUCCGUCCGUCCGUCCGUUCAUACGUCCAUACGUAUCCGUGAAACGUGUUCCCGCGUCGCUUUGCCCGCGAUCCUUCAUCGAUCGUGAUCCGAGAGACGCAAUUCGUCGUUGCCGUCACUCCGGGAGUGUGCGCCGCCGCGAGGAGAGAUUUUGGCGCCGAAAGUUGGACGCCUCUGAUCGCGCGUGUGUCGUCAAACGUCCGAUUGUUUGGCUCUCAGUGAGUUAGGCUGUAAUUCUGAGGGAAAGGAAAUCGAUCGUCUCGGUCAAUUUAGGAUUUUAACGAGCUGAAGAAACUUGGAAGGAACUAUUUAUGCCAACGCUAUUCCGAUAUUGAAAAUUUAACGCGCGGAGUUUUUCUAUCUCGCGACAAGUGCUAAAAAUUUUCAAAUUAUCCGACCGAAAGGGAAACGAUUCGCGACCGCCGCCGCACCGCGAUGAGAAUCCCGGCAGUUAAUUUCUAGGGGAAUAAAAAAAAUCAGCCUUCGUGAACUUUGUGCGUCAGGAAUUCUUCCGAGCGGAGGAAACGUACGUGUCACGAUACGAUUUUGUUGCAACUGAACUCGCUAAGGAUUUUUAAAGAGAGAAAGAAAAACGACUAAGAGAAACUUGGCGAAUAACCACGGUGUUGCCGAGGAAUUUUGUGUCGCGAGGAAUUUGACGCAUCUGCGUGCGUCUUCUUGCGUUUCUCUCUCGGUCGAGUUGAUGUCACGGUGAAAUAAAUGUAACACGGGAUCUGAACUUUUGACGUCAAUCGCGAGAAAUAAACGUUUUCUGGAGGCCAAUCAUCGUUUGUCAUGUGAUCUAGGAAAUACGGGGAUUUGAGUGUGCACGAUUAUAUUUUUCACAUUAGAGCCAAGAACGCAUCUUGAAUACUUAACGAUUUUAGAGAAAAUAAAAUAGAUCGAGGGGUCCCUGCCGCUAAGGAAUAAAGGCCGAUGGACGCGUGAUAGAAGGGCAACAGGACUGGAUCUGGAUCUGAUCACGUAGGAAAUUACUCUACAGUCAUCUGAGUUUGAAAAAUAUAAGCUAAUUCGCCUCGCUUAACUCGCCGUGCGAUCGAUCGAAUGGCUCUGAACCGAGUUCUUUGGGAUAAGUGAUCGCGAGAGACGCGUAAUACACGAACCGCCUCAGCGAUGGCCGUCGCUCCGUGGUACCCGGGAGGCGAAGAGGGAAAGAUUAGCGCGAUUGUCCCGCGGAUCGUACGCGACGGUGCGACGAAAGGAGCGUGCAAAAUUCGGCGCGAGUGCAACGACGACGGUCCGACGAGGUCGAGAAUCUCGUGACGUUCUCGGACUUCGCGACUUAUCCUCAGCCAGGGAAGGAAACUGGGAGACCUUUCUCUGGUACCAGGUCGAUUCUGGAGGAGCAGGAGAAAAAAAAAAGAAACAAACAAUAGUUAAUAGAGCGUAGGCCGGGCGAACUUGCGGCCGGUAAGCGAAUAGAGUUCACCACGUGAAAGUGGCUCUAGAUUUGACGCUUUCCAAAACCGAAACCUCGCCACCGCACUUCCGUAACGAGCUCUUCUUUAACUUCUCCGUACUUUCUUUCUUGGUCGAUUAAUCGAGCCGUCGCGUUGACUAGCGAAACACGAGGGAACCCUACCAUUACGGAGCAGCGGCUUUUAUUCGAAUUGCGAAAUCCGCGGCGCGCGGGAAAGAAGGUCACUCGCUUGCAACAGCAACGCAUCCUCGUGCGCCGACUCUCCACGGUACAAAUGGAGUAGAUAGAAACAGUGAAAUUGGAAUUUGUGUGUGCGCGCAUACCGAGAAGGGAGACACAUCGGAAAGCAUUGGAACUUUUUAAUCGCCGACAGGACGAUUCUAGGAAAUACGGAGCAAUGCCAGAUAGGGGAGUGCUCGUUUUCGCUCAUCCGUGUCUUCUUCGAAAAAUUGUACAAUUCGUGGACCAAGUAGGACGCAGUCUUGAAUGAUUAAUAGAACAUUCCGCCGGCAAGGAUUUGAUAUCGUUGGGGAAACAAACACAUUUCUCUCAUCGAUCGUUACGUUAGAAAUUUUUAAGAAGGGCGCGCAUGUAAAAUAAGUGAAUAUAAAAUGAUUAUAGGGGAUAAAUUAUUAAAAUACACCACAACGCGCUCUUUCAAGAUCGGUGAAGAAGUACACGAGCGAACGUGAGUGGAAUUUAGACACAAAGGCCUUUUCGAAACCCCAAAGUAUUCUUGACUAUCGCCGAAGAGGGAAACGCGAAGUACAAAACCGCCUCGUUGGUAGACCGAUGGUAGAUCUACAUCUUGCUCCAGGUAACGAGAUGACAAGAUAAUUCGGUGGAAGGCGAGCGCAACAUAGUCGAACGAGUUUCUGUAUCAGGAACCUCGAAAUCGUGCACUCAAGCUAUUAAACCGUCAAGAUAUUUUUUUUUUCCUUAUUUCACGAAGACUGAAGCACAAAAUGACGAAAAUACGACGCGAUAGAGAAACAAGGGCGAAAAUCGCGUUUUAUGGCGAUCUUUUCCGUGCAAUCAAAACUAAAAGGGACGAAUUUAGCGCGUAUUUCGUCGUUUCGAAGACUGCAUAUAUAUAAAAUACUGGCAACGUACGAAUUAAAAAAAAUACUGUGCGGAAGCUGCGAAUGAAAGCAACUUGCGUGGAUAUCUUAGCGUAAUUUAUCGUGCAAUAAAUUUUUGAAAAGAUCUCAGAUGGAAGUAUAAAAGUAUCGUUACAUGUACAAGAGUGCACCGGGGCAAGUAAUCUCGGCGCGAUAAGGCGAGACAAGUCGUUGGUAAUUUAAAAAUAACGUGUGAUUAAUUCGAUGGUGAACGUAAGCGUACGAGCAUUUCUGUGAGGAGAGACAAGAGAGUGCGUCAAAGAGUGGAUAAUCUCGUGGUAACGGGACGACGAUUCAAAUCGGUAAUUUAAGCGCAAUACCGAUAACGAAGUACAAGAGACGAAGUACAACGACGAUCUCCGGGAAACUGCGAUAGUGCGUCGACGACUAGAAACUCGCGGCAGAGAUAUGGCAAGUUAGCGACUCGCCGGGUGACCCUUCCUCAAGUGUGAUACACGCUUUAUUCCCGGUUUAACCGAGUCGACCGGCCCCGGAAACACCGUCAAAAUAGAGUAUCCCGGUAGCAGCGGCAUGUACGGGGGCGGGUCGGCGGGAAGCGCGGGCUGCUAUGGGGUCGGUUUGGGACCGGGCCCCUCGCACUACGCCCCCCCCUCCGCCACGGUGGGGUACCAGUUGGGCCCGCCGCCACCGCCACCCCCGCCCGCCUGUCCCGUCACCGCAGGAAGUCAACUUCUGUCUUACGGACCCGACUUAUCGCCCCAUCACAUCCAGCAGGGCCACACGGAGACGCAGUCGAAGAGACGGAGAUCUGACGAAGAUGAUCCGAGUGGCUGUAAAUACAGGAGGCUGGACGAUGACAAUGUCCAGGACAAGGAGAGGUUUGCCAGCAGGGAGAAUCAUUGCGAGAUAGAGCGGCGGCGGCGGAACAAGAUGACCGCCUACAUCACCGAGCUCUCCGACAUGGUGCCGACCUGUUCAGCCCUGGCCCGGAAGCCCGACAAGCUCACGAUUCUGAGGAUGGCGGUGGCGCACAUGAAAGCUCUUAGAGGUACCGGGAAUACUGCCACGGACAACGCCUACAAGCCGUCCUUCCUUACGGAUCAGGAAUUAAAGCACUUGAUCCUCGAAGCGGCGGAUGGCUUCCUGUUUGUCGUUAGCUGUGACACAGGCAGAAUCAUCUACGUGUCCGACUCGGUCGCACCGGUGUUGAACUACACUCAGAACGACUGGUACGGUACCAGUCUCUACUCGCAAGUUCAUCCCGACGAUACCGAGAAGGUGCGGGAGCAGCUUAGCGCGGCGGAGCCGCAGCACGGUGGCCGAGUAUUGGACCUCAAGACCGGAACGGUCAAGAAGGAAGGUCAAUCCUCGAUGAGACUAUGCAUGGGUUCAAGAAGAGGCUUCAUCUGCCGCAUGAAAGUCGGGAAUCUGCAGACCACGGGCGACAUGGCAGCGGCACACGGGCUGCAUCGUAUGAAGCAUAGGAAUUCCCUGGGACCGCCGGCACGGGACGGCCAGAAUUACGCGGUGGUACACUGCACCGGAUACAUCAAAAAUUGGCCACCCACUGGUGAUUUUGUUCCCCCAUGUGUACCAGGUGUGGGUCUAGGUGACAGAGGCGGUGUUCAAACUGGUCCAGACGGUGUGGUUACGGAUGAAAAUGCUUCCACGCAUUGCUGCCUUGUCGCCAUUGGGCGAUUGCAGGUCACUAGCACACCAAAUAGUAGCGACUUAGCAGGUUCCAAUAGCAAUAGCGAAUUUAUAUCACGUCACUCUGCAGAAGGUAAAUUUACCUUUGUGGAUCAAAGAGUCGGUGGAAUUUUGGGGUAUAGUCCAUCGGAACUCUUAGGUCAUCCUUGCUACGAAUUUUAUCAUCCGGAAGAUCUGACACAUAUGCGGGAAAGUUUUGAACAAGUAUUGAAGCUGAAAGGACAAGUUGUGUCUGUGAUGUACAGAUUUCGAGCUAAAAAUCGCGACUGGGUGUGGUUGAGAACGUCAGCAUUUGCAUUCUUAAAUCCGUUCAACGAGGACGUUGAAUACAUCGUCUUCACAAACACACAUGCAAAAUCGUUUCAUCCUAGUAGCGACGGUCAAACGGAGAACGAAGCUGUACCUGCGUAUGGACAACCUGGUAUAGACUAUUCCCUUCAAAGACAUCCUGCCAGGGAUCCACUCUAUUCCGCGCAUCACAUGAUGCAACAUCCAGCCACUGUAGCUACAGCCAGUCCGCAACAACCGAGGCCGUCCAGCACACAAAACGUAUAUCAGAACUAUGAGACGACGCAAUCACCGAUAGCUUAUGGGUCACCUGGACAGCAAAGCGCGUCUUCGUCGGUUUUAAGUAGGAUUCAGAAGCCGGCAAAUACAUCUCCAACUCCACAAGGAUGGGCAAUUGGAAGACAGCAACCUGUGACAGAAGGUUACCAAUACAGUCAAUUAAGUCCAUCGAGAUCACCAAGCGGACCGACGUACACUCAGCUCAGUAGCGGCGCUAGAACACCGGCUACCCAGCAAUAUCAUGCAGUCACAACAGUGCCUAAUAAUCCUGGUAUGUGGGGUUGGCAGAGUCAACAGCAUCAGACGCAGCAACCGGACGGACAGACCGGCGCUCAGGUGUCCGCACAAGCACAACCACCACAUCCUGGACAGGCCGGACCCGGCACACAGCCGCAAGAGUUGUCCGACAUGCUGCAGAUGUUACAAGAUCAGGGCGGCUCGUCCGGUUUCGAGGAACUGAACAUGUUCAACACUAAUUUCGAGUAGCAACGAGAUAGGCGACACGCCUCUGAAAAGCAGCUUCUGCUUUAGAGGAAUUCUCUCUCUUCGAGGCUUUCCCCGGUUGUUCGAUACCACUUUGGGGAUCUGGGCAUCGCAAUGUGCACCCUCACCGUCAACAUCCGGAGAAUCGUUCACGAAGAAAGGAGAAGCGCGAUUUAACAAUUUAGCACCGCAUAUAUAGACUUUAUGCAAAAACGAUCGCACUGGGAUUAGGACAGCCUAGUCUACCGGAUUAUUUACAUAUACAUACGUAUAUUAUAACCGAGAUUUUUGAUUCAUUGUCAUGGGUAUCAGAUGCUAUGGAGUUACGAUCGUCGCGACAUGCGCUCCAUUUGUUUGAGGUAAUUAUCCAAAUAGAGAUGAGCAUGAUUUCGCUGCGAAAAUAUCAUUAAAACAUCAAGGGCGACUGUACCUUUAUGACGAUUAUUGAUUAGUGCUCGAAAUGAAUAAUACGCACAGAUGGGCUAUAUUUACAUUUGGCAUAAGCUACUAAAUAUAAAACAAAGUUUUACAUUUAUAAAUUUUACAUUUAAAAUUAAAUGCGCAACCGAUGAAGAUGCUAAUAACCGAUGAAUGCUUUCGAAUGCUUAUAAUGAUUUAAAUGAUUGCACUUUAAUGAAUCUGGAAUUAAAUUUAAAAAAUUAAUUCCAAUUUUAUCAAAUCUGCUCGUGGUGGCGGUUCUUCAUAAAGUUGAUUGAGUAGUGAAGGGCCUGUAGAUGAAUAUUCAUGGCCUUAUUACAUGUAUUCUAAACAUAUGUAAGCAUCUGUGCUUAUUAUACAAAUAAAUAAAGUGACGUAAUUUUAAUUUUCAUGACAAUUUUAUCUGAAGUAUCAUGCGAUUCGAUAAAUAUUUAACGAAGAAAAAGAAAAAUGAAAAUAACAGAAGUGUACUCUAAACAAUAAGAAAAAGUAUUUUUAAAAAACUUCUCAAUCAAAAAUCUAUACACAAAUCACGGUAAUUUUAAUACCAGCUUAUCGUUAGAUUUGUAAGGUUAGCUUAAUUAUUUUAAUUUAGAUCUUUGUAAUUAUAAACAGUGCAAUCAUAAACCAACACGCGACAAAAAAUCGUUCGAGACAUUGACAAUGUACAAAGAAACUGUGUAAUCCACCUUUGCUUCUCUGUGCAAGACACCGUUUUUAGAUAUUCUUAAAGAAAAAAAAUAUAGAUAAUGUUACACAUACGAAUAAUUGCAUUUAUAAGUAACCACGUGUGACUUAGCGCGUUUGUACGUGUUUUAGCAAAUUUUGACGAGCACAUUGAAACGAAAUUGCAGCAUAUCAUGAUGAAUUGGGAACAUUUUUCACUAAUAUAUGGACUAUACAUA